ACUUGGACACGGGGCUCCUUUGCAUGUCCCUUGUUGCGUGCCGCGCGUGAGCGGCCCCGUCUGAGGAAGAAGUCGGCGUGAGUCGCGACGGAAAAGGCUGUGCAGACGUAGCGUAGAGCCCACGUGGACGGGGAGCGGCGCUCUGGCUUUCUGGAUCUGUGCUAUUCUGUUAGAGGAACCCUGAAGACUGAUCCACUCUUGUAGGCCUAAAACCAUGGCCCAUAGAUCUGUGACAUUCGGGGAUGUGGCCAUACACUUCUCUCAGCAGGAGUGGGAAUAUCUUGACUCUGUUCAGAAGAACUUGUACCGGGAUGUGAUGAUGGAGAACUAUGAUAACUUGGUCUCAUUGGCAGAACAUUCCAUUUCUAAGCCAGAUGUGAUCACAUUAUUGGAGCAAAGAAAAGAGCCCUGGAUGGUUGUGAGGGAGGACACAAAAAGAUGGUGUACAGACUUGGAGUCAAAAUAUGAAAUAAUCAGCUGUGAAAAAGUACACGUUUAUAAAAAACAUUCACCUCUUACUCUACGUCAGAAAAUUCAUACUAGAGAGAAACCCUAUGAAUGUGACGAAUGUGGGAAGGCCUUUAGUCGACAUACAGACCUUAUAGUACAUCAGAGAAUUCAUACUGGUGAGAAACCCUAUGAAUGUGAGCAGUGUGGAAAGUCCUUUAAUCGUGCAUCCAACCUUCUGCAACAUCAGAGAAUUCAUACUGGUGAAAAACCUUAUAAAUGUGAGCAAUGUGGAAUGACGUCUAGUCGUAGGAUGGACCUUAGAGUUCAUCAGAGAAUUCACACUGGUGAGAAACCCUAUGAAUGUGAACAAUGUGGGAAAUCCUUUAGUCGUGCCUCACAUCUUACUCAACAUGGGAGAGUUCAUACUGGUGAGAAAGCCUAUGUAUGUAAUGAAUGUGGGAAGGCCUUUAGUCAGGGUGGAAGACUUAGAAUACAUCAGAGAAUUCAUACUGGUGAGAAACCCUAUGAAUGUAAGGAAUGUGGGAAGGCUUUUAAUCAAGCCUCUCAUCUUGUGCAACAUGACAGAAUUCAUACUGGUGAAAAACCCUAUGAGUGCCAUGAGUGUGGGAUGACCUUUAGUCGUGGUAUAGAUCUAAGAGUACAUCAUAGAAUUCAUACUGGUGAGAAACCAUAUGAAUGUAAAGAAUGUGGGAAGGCCUUUAGUCGUGCCUCAAAUCUUGUUCAACAUGAGAGAAUUCAUACUGGGGAGAAGCCCUAUGAAUGUAAGGAAUGUGGGAUGACAUUUAGUCGUGCUUAUCAGCUCAUUCCACAUCAGAGAGUGCAUAUUGGUAUAAAACCCUAUGAAUGUAAUGAAUGUGGGAAAGCCUUUAGUCAUGCUUCAGCACUUAUUCAACAUGAGAGAAUUCAUACUGGUGAGAAACCCUAUAAAUGUAAAGAAUGUGGGAAAGCCUUUAUUCAUGGUGGAAGCCUAAGAAUGCAUCAUAGAAUUCAUACUGGUGAGAAACCCUAUGAAUGUAAGGAAUGUGGGAAGGCUUUUAGUCGCACCUCAAACCUUGUUAGGCAUGAGAGAAUUCAUACAGGUGAGAAACCAUAUGAAUGUAAGGAAUGUUGGAAGGCCUUUAGUCAUAUUGAAAGCCUCAGAGUACAUCAUAGAAUUCAUACUGGUGAGAAGCCCCAUGAAUGUAAAGAGUGUGGGAAGGCUUUUAGUAGUGGCCAUCAACUAAUUGUACAUCAGAGAUUUCAUACUGGUGAGAAACCCUAUGAAUGUAAGGAAUGUGGGAAGGCUUUUAGUGUGUAUGGGCGACUUACUAGACACCAGAGUAUUCACAGUGGUGAGAAACCUUUUGAAUGUAACACAUGUGAGAAGUCCUUUAGGCUUAGGUCAAGUCUUAAAGUACAUCAGAGAAUUCAUACUGGAGAGAAGGCUUAUGAAUAUAAGGACUGUGGAAAGGCAUAUAUAUGCAGUAGAGAAUGUAUAGUACAUAAGUGAUUUAUAAUACUGAGAAACAGUGUGAAUGAAAGGAAUAUGGGAAUACUUUUAGGUAUGGUUCAGUUUUUAUAAGGCAUUAAGCAAUUUAUACUGGUGAGAACUCCUUAAAAUGUAAAUGAUGUUUGGAAUUUUUGUUAUGACUCAAAUGUUUAGAUUAAUAAAUUUAUAAUGUAUUUUUAUAUAACAGGGAAGACUUUACUAGCAUUUCUCUAUUUACAGAUUAUCAGAAUAUUCAUCUUGGAGGAAAAUUCAGAGAAUGUGGAUAUUCCCUUGUUUUUUAUGCUUUAUUUAUAAAAGCUCUCCAGCCCUCAUCAAUUAUUGUUAAAUUUGAGGAAACACAUACCACAGAAAACCCCUGUUGACC